CAGCACUCCCUCCCAACCCCACAUCCAUCCUUCACUCUAGGCUCCAUCCGUAUCCAUCCUUCGUAUUCAUAUUCGCAUUCGUCCUUCAACCUCUCGUCUUCUUCCUCAGAAUACCCUUCUCGCCACUCUUGUCUCUUUGCGACACAUACAGAGACCUCCUUUGGCAGCGUUUUCUGCAUUCUACUCGGCUUGCUCUUCACGAAACUCAAAGGGCACUUGGUAACGCCUCUUCGUUCUUCGCCACUACCUCGAAGAGCACCGUCGUCCACCCCUCGAUACCCACACCGUACCCGGACGUACCCAACAUCUUCAUUCGCCAUGCUACGCCGCUUCCUUGCCACCCUUGCCCUCCUGGCGGCUCUCAUCCUCUCAGCCACGCCCACAUCCGCUCAAAUCUACCCCACAUCCUCCGAGGACCCCCUCAGCGGCUCAGUCUUCUCCACGUCGUCCUUUGCCCCCAGUGUCACCUUUACCCCCGAUGCCACCUAUGCAAGUGCCAAUCCCGCCGUAGCUACGUCAAUCGUGGGAGUGGGACCGUCUCUGUCGACGGACACCUACACAUACGCGUAUUCCAAACCCACUACCACAAUUCAGGGCACAGAUCUGAGCGCCGUGUAUGCUAGCUUGGCAGCGAAUUCGUCGCCGACGGCAGCAACGAGUGAUCUGAAUCCCAACCCGACAAAUCUGCAGAUCGUACCUGGCACUACGAAUGCUGCAGGUGUAUCACGUAGCCAGUUGGGAUCCGCAACCGCGGCUCUGAUGGUGCUGGGCAGCCUGCUAGCAGGUGUCUUGGGCGGAAUGGGCAUUAUUUUCCUCUAGAGGAGCCACUCCUGCGGCUGGGGAGACGCGGGCCCUUGCGCAUCCAUACCCUUUCUUUCCUCGCCCCUUGCCCUGCUUCACUGAGUAUGUGGCCGCUGUUUGCCCCUUUGUACCGCAUCUUCUCUAUGUGCGCCUGUGUAUAACAUAUCAUUACUUAUCAACCGUAUUCGUUCAACUGCGGGUCGUUGUACCGUUCAUGCGUUCGACGAGCGCCUACCCGAUCGUUUACAAUCUCUGAGAAGCGCUUUGCA